CGAUUCUCAGUACCGUUUUUGAGACCAGAUGCAGGCGCUCCCAACUAAUUUUGCACGCUGCUUACCAUUGUUUGACCCCGAUGGUCGAUGUCGCUCAGAAUCUCAGACUCGGAAUCCCUGGGCGCGCAUGGGAUGCAUGGGAGCGUUUUGGGACCAGACGUUCACACGUACAUGCCGAUCUACGUGGCAUGCGGUUCAUGUUGACCCUGAUCCCGAACUAACUUAGAAGGUGCAACACAGCGUGGAUUGAGAAAUCCAGAACGUCUGGUUUCGUUUGCGACACACCAAGGGCCGGCAAGGUGCACUAAAUUAGUUGGCUUUUUGCUUUAGGCCCGACAGUGCCGAGCGAGAGAGCGUUGUGCGCAAGAUCAGCGUUCCUGUGGUGAGCAAGCGAGUUACGCUAUAUUCUCGCGUGGAAAUGAAAAUGUCGACGCUCCCCUGGGCGCUUGUCGUCCUUCACUUCUGCCUGCACUUUGCCACCGCGAGCGACCACGUGGCCGACGAGCAGGAUGCAAGCGGCGCAUCUCAACCCGUCUCGACGGUAGAGCGGACAUCUGCGACCUCAGCAAUGACGACCACCAUCAGCAUCUCGACAAAGAGCCCGCUGACAACCACAGCCGUGGCCACAUUCCCUACGCCGGGAGUUCAAAGAUCUUCUGCAAAUUCUAGAACAUCUGCUGCAAGGACUACAACAGAGCAUGGCAUUGCCAAGCAGACUACUUUUCCAACAGAUCAUCCGUCAACGGUAGUCACAACAAGUACGCCGACUUCACGAUCAAAAUCUCCUGCUGAUGUUAGUAACGGUACUUCUCCAGUCCAUACUACCCCGGUCCAUACUACCCCGGUCCAUACUACCCCGGUCCAUACUGCUCCGGUCCAUACUGCCCCGGCCCAUACUACCCCAGUCCAUACUGCCCCGGGCCGUACAGCUCCAGUCCAUACUGCCCCGGGUCAUACUGCUGCAAGCCAAAAUUCAACAACACCUAAUUUGAGUACACAUCCGACCCAUACAAGAUUCAAUUCUCCAAGCAGUCAUACUGAUUUCCAUAGUGAUGGCAGCAAAGAGCCGACAACAACUACACCGAGUACCACAAGUAUGCCAAGAGAUUUCAGCAUUGCUGGCUUCACGUUUGAGCAGAUAAAUGUUGCCACACCGCUAGCCUGCAUUGUGGAACGGCAAGAUGGCAACGAGACGAUGUGCACGAUUGCGAUGAGUAUCUGUCAGUCGCCUGCGGUAUCGGCUUGGAACCCAACUUGCGGUAUAGAGGCACUUCUAAAUGACUGCCUGCACAGGAGCAUGGCAUGGCGAGGCACUAUACUGUUUGAGGCACCAGCCAAUGAGCGAUCGAAGAGCAGGAGGGUGCCAGUCAACCUAGAAAGGUCACCUCAGAACAUCUCAGGAACUAAUCCAGUGGUGUUCGUCUUCAGCCAAUGCACCAACACGGUCACACUCUCUGACGGCAAGGAUAACUUUGAGCAAUGCGUCGAUCAACUUCACCACAGCAAGCCGGUCAACAUGCUACAAUUGUCCGAGGACCCGGUGUGGGAAGACUGCUCGUCUCCGCAAGGCCAGGCACAAAGCCGGUGCUUUGUCGACGAUUUCAAGUUCAUGGAACGCGGCGGCGAGGGCAUUGUCCUGGAGGUGAAGAAAGGCGAAGAGAGAUACCUCGGUUUCUUGAACUUGACCCACGUCAACACAUCAAUAAGCAACGGGACUGAACAGGACGCUGUAGAGGUUGUGAUGGAAGACACUCCCUGCACUGAGAGUGCCAUGACAAUGGCAUCAUCUAACGCGGCGCUUAUUGCUGCAUCUUGCGUCGGUGCCGUGGCUCUCGUUCUCAUCGCCGUGGGUCUGACCUGCCGCUUCCGCAAGCGCUGCCGGAGGCGCCACUUGCUGCGCCGCUACAUGAUGCACACAACCUCGCCCGGUGACUUCGCGGAGGCCGGCACGGAGCAGUACUUGGACCUGGACCCUGUGACCGGCGACACCGACACAACGGAUGUUCUGGACAUGCUUUCAUCCGGAGACAAGUACCAGCGACUACUCUGAUAAACAUGUAGCUGCUGUGGACUGUGGACACAUAACGAAAUUGCCUAGGUAGUUUUAAGGGAUACUAAUCCUAAUCAUCCGUGCUUGCUAUUUUCGAAAUUUCAAUUCUUUCCGACAUCUGUCAAUGAUUUGCUCAGCAGUUUGAAAAUAACAUUUCGUGCGUAUUUUUUUAACUUUGUAUUGGUACAUGUAGCUGUGCCACACUGCAAAUGAUCUCUGGUAAAGCAUGUGCCUCUUCUUUUCUCAUUCUCCCCCUCCCUCUCUCCUCCCCCUCUCUCUCUCCUCCCCCCCCCCCCCCCCUCUCUCAUUCUCUCUCUCCCUCGCUUUCUCUACCUCUAGUCACACAUUAUCUUCCACGCAUAUUGAGCGUCUCACUCUCUCCCCUGAAUGAAAAUCUCAUAUUCACAAAUUAUGGUAAUGUACACUAUGUUUUACCAAG